AUGUUGCAACAACUUACAAAAAAUAUGAUGGUUUCCACACCCUUCAAACCACACACCCGUACACCACACAUCAACCCCAUAAUACAUAAUUCCACGUACCAUCUACUCUCCAGACCAGCAACAUGUCCAUUGAAAGCCUCACACUCCGGGAGCGGCAGAUUCGUAUGUCUUGCAGACAAACACGGCAGGGCUCAUAUCCUAUAUAGCCCCCUCGUGUUUACCUCGUAUUUACCUCGUAUUUCCUCGUGUUUUCCCGUAUCUAUUCGUAUACUAACCCCAGAUGCAUUGGAACGCAUGCUCCACCUUAACAAGGACGGUGAUGCAGACCUCACGCUAGCCUCCAAGAACGAGCAAAUUGUGUGGAAAGUUUUGGUUUUUGAUUCCAAGUCCGAACCCGUGAUUUCCUCUGUUUUGCGUGUCAAUGACCUACUCAGAUGUGGAAUUACAGUAUUUAAGCUAAUUGGGGGCCCAAGACCUCCUCUACCGGAUGUGCCGGUGAUUUAUUUCGUAGAGCCUACAGCAGAAAAUAUUUCUGCCAUUCUUGCGGAUCUCGAGAGUGAGAAGUACGAGUCGUUCUACGUCAACUUUACCCUGUCGAUCAAGAGGGAAGUUUUGGAAGAUUUUGCAAAGAGAGUGUCCUUGAGUGGGAAGGGCCAUAAAAUUAAACAGGUCUACGAUCAGUUCUUGGACUUUGUAGUCACAGAGCCGAACUUGUUUUCGCUUGAUAUCCCAAAGGUGUUCCGUGAGUUCAACAGUCCAGCAACAACAGAGGAUCAAAUCCAUAAACUCGCAGAUGUUAUUGCGGAUGGCCUUCUUGCCAGUCUUAUCACUAUGGAAGCCAUCCCCAUCAUUCGGUGCCCGCAGAAGGGUCCUGCAGAACUAGUCGCUACACAAUUGGAUAUGAAGUUGCGCGACUACGUUACAAACUUCCGCGGCGUGACUUCGCAGAUCCUGCAAAGACCUGUGCUUGUAAUUUUGGAUAGAAACAUCGAUAUGGCUUCGAUGUUCUCGCAUUCGUGGAUCUAUCAAUGUAUGGUGAGUGAUGUGUUUCAGUUGCGCAGAAACGGAAUUAUUAUUCACAAGUACAAGGAUGGCUCGUCUGUUCCAGAGAAAGUUAAGUAUGACGUAGACCCUCGCGACUUUUUUUGGAAUAAAAACUCGCAAUUGCCCUUCCCAGACGUCGUGGAAAAUGCCGAUCUCGAGUUGAACGCAUAUAAAAAGGAAGCUGAGGUGAUCACUAGCAAGACUGGUGCUUCGUCCAUAAACGAAGUUGAUCCAAAUGCCAUCAAUGACCUUUCGUCAAUGAAAGAAGGUGUAGAUGCUUUACAAGACAUGAGAGCAAGAAAACUUACCUUGGAUAUGCACAUGGACGUUUUAGCGUCUCUUUUAAAGGAAUUAGAGGCUCGUUCGCUAGAUAAGUUCUUUGAGAUUGAGCAGAAUUACUCAGACCCUAAGGUUCAAGCAGAAUUUUUGCAACUCUUGAAGACUGAUUCUGCUCGCUCCAACGAAACAGACAAAUUGCGUACCUUUUUGAUUCUCAAUCUUAUGACUGACUUGCCACAAAGCUUUGUCACUCAGUGCGAGGAUGUAUUCAAAGACAAAUACCCACAUCUUGACAUGGCCUCUUUCCGCUACAUUGUCAAAUUGAAACAUCUCCAUAACCUCUCUAAGAACGCUGCAUUAAACGAUGAAAAGACUUCAAAUGCGCUGGCAUCUCUUCAAAACAAUUCCGCACUAUUCAAUGGAUUGUCCUCCAAGUUGUAUGGCUUGACAGAAGGCAGAAUCUCCGAGGGCUUCAGUUCUUUGGCCAGUGGCUUGAAGAAAUUGUUACCUGAUAAAAAGAACCUUCCUAUCACAAAUGUCGUCGAAGCAAUCAUGGACCCAGCUCUGGCAGGCUCCGGAUCGGUGCUCGUGACAGACGACUAUUUGUACCUUGAUCCUAAGUCAAGAGGAGGUCAUACUAAGCCCCCUAAGCGUCAAAGCUAUGAAGAGGCCAUCGUUUUUGUUGUGGGCGGAGGUAACAAUUUGGAGUAUCACAACCUUACAGAAUGGGCAUCUCAACCAAACAAACAGGCAAAGAGAAUUGUUUAUGGAAGCACUGACAUAGUGACGGCUACACAGUUCUUAGACGAGAUUUCGGAGUUGGGCAAGAUGGAUUCAUAA